UAGACAUCAAACUCCAGCACCUCAAGCAAUGGCUGCAGCAACGCAGACUGUAACGUUGCUGAGGAAGCCUUCGUCCAGCAAUGCUUGGGCCUGAUGCGAUCUGGGCUUGCAACCUCUCCUGUUCGACUUGAUGAUGCAGCACCUGCGCGGGCCGAUGAUGCUGACUGCUUCCUGAACUCGGUGAGGACUGCACUGUGGCUUCGCUUUGGCCUUCUUCUUUGGACGCGCCUUUGCUUUGGCAGCUGGACCGGAGCAUCCUUUGGACAUGGAACUUCAGGAGCCAGCUCCCAUCGACCACUUGGACGGAAGUACUUGCAUCCCGCCAAGUAUUUGAGGAUCUCGGGGUCCAGGCAAGGGCUCCUUUCAAGGCAGAAGUUGCAUGGCCGACCUUGUCAUCGUCCCACCACGUGCGACGAUUUCAUCGAGGACGAGCCUUUUUCACCUUGUUGGUCUUCUUCUUCUUCUUGGAUUGGGACGGAUCGACUGCUGGCACCAACUGAUCAGCAUGCAGAGGCUUGGGGGCACCUGCAUCCAAUUGCCACAAUGAAGGCCUCAAGGAUUGUUCUCCACAAAGUCGAGCAAUCGCGUUGAAGGAGCGAACUGAGUUAGGAGGGUGCUGCGGGCGGCCGGCAGAGUCACCCAUGCAAUCCAUGUGUGAUUUUGAGAUUUUGCAGUUAG